UAAACAAAGAGAAACUGUCACUUGCUUAUAUGCCCUUUUGAAAAAUUAACCGAGAUUUUUGAAAAAAAAAUAGCUGUCAUUGUUUACGUUGUCUUGUUUAUUAUCUGCUGAUCUAAAUCGAAUAUCAGGAGGGUGUACGUCCAAUCAAUAAUCAGACUUUGUUAUGGCCCAUGAAAAAGAACUCAGUUUGAGUAAAUAUUUCGCAAACGAUCCUCCAAGUUUUUUCGAUCACUUAGCAAAUAAAGAAGGCAAGGCUUCAACGGAUAUUCCCGACACCUACGUAUCGUACGAUUAUUUGCAAAAUCCGUCAUUCGAUACAAAAUGCAACGUUCCAGAUAGUAUCCGUGAUUUAUGGGAUCUGCCAACAAUUAGUACAGCAACACCCAUUGCACUCACAAUGCCUGGCAUUAGUGUGGCAACUGACCUUAAUGAUCCUGUCCAAGAGGCUGUUGGUUUUCUGAUUGAUCCUAUAGAAGGUCAACAUCGAAAAAUUUUGUCACCGGAUGAUGUCACUCAAGACGAGCGAGGACUCCGUGAACUGAUCGAACAUGAGUGUUUCCGAUCGGCAGUCAACUUAACUGCUCGAUUGUUAACCAUUAAACAACAAGGUUUUGGUCGAGCUGGAUUUUCGGUGAAACACUCUCCCAAUUCGUUGCAACUAUGGUUCACACGAUUAGCUCUGUUAGUGAAGCUUGGACAGUAUGAUAUAGCCCGUGUAGAAGCAGAACCAUUUGAAUCAUUAAAUAAACCGGAUAUGUUUUACGAAUUUUAUCAUCCCGACAUGCACGCCGAUCGGAAGGGCUCGAUGGCGCCAUUUUCCUUUCGAUUGCUACUUGCCGAGCUGCCUAUAUAUUUAGGGGCACCUAAAAAUGCACUUGACAAGCUUAUGGAGGUUCUUGCAGUGACCAGUCAAAUUAGAAAUUAUUUUGAAAGAUUUCCGGUGAAUCCAGCGAAAUCAAAUGCUGAAAAAUUUUGGCAUUUGCGAGAGACACGAAUUCUCCAUUCCAUUGUUAAUUGUUCACUGUUGUUAAAAGAUUUCAGCCUUGUCGAUCAGUUGAUUCGUCGGUUGGUGGAUGAUCCAGUAGCCUCUGCCGACGAGAAAUGUUUACUACUUUCGUCUUGGGGUCGCAUUCGAUUGCAGUGUGGUGACAUUUAUGGAGCAGAAAAAAAGUUUUCUGAGGCAAAACGUUUCAAGGAAGGUUCAACUAGCCCUGACUUUCGCGAGCUAAUAGACCGUGGCCUGCUAGCAGUGGCACAAAACGAUUUUCAAAGUGCGUAUGGUGUUUUCCAAAAAGCUACCACAUUGGACAAUUCAAAUACCAUGGUUUACAACAACAUGGGAGUUUGUUUGCUUUACUCAGGGAAGCUAAAGGAGGCAAUAAAACUUUUCGAAGGGGCAGUUCAUCGAAAUCCGAGAUCGGCACUAAACGAGUCGCUUAUGGUAAAUCUGGCGACACUAUAUGAACUGGAAUCGAAUAACUCGAAAGAGAAAAAGGUGGCUCUACUCAAACUUGUUAACAAACAUAGAGCCGAUUUGAGCGUAGGACUGGAUGUUUGUUUGAAGCUGCAGACUGUUGUCUAGAAUCAGUUCAUGCUGAAAACUUAUUGAACUUUAACACUCCAAAUGCACUGUUUUAUAUAGGAACCAAAAAUCAGAUUGACUUUGAACGGAAAGGAUCAAUAAAAUUGUGCCGUGAAACAGAUAGAGAUGGUUAUUCUAAAAAAUUCAGAUUGACAACAUUACUCGUAGUGGUGAAAGUUUGACUAGUUUUAUGUAAAUGGUGAAUACUUGAAAGUAAACAAAUAUUGUUUAAUUUUUUAAGGUAAUUUCUUCGUUUAUUUCCUAGAAUCGGUUACAGUAAAACGUAUCUAUUUGUACAUAACAUGACUUUUUGCAUUAUGCUAAUUCAUCAGUAUAUUUUAUAAAUAUUAAUAGUAUUGAACUGAGAACAAGACUGUUUUUUGCUCACUCAACUGAUUAACGAGUAUGAUGCUCUCAAUGCUUGCUUGUAUCACACAUGUCUAUUCUUACAAUGAAAAUUACUGCACAACCUCAUAAUUUCUUUAAAAAUUUUAAUUAAUUUGCUUCUGCAACACUGUUAUUCUUGCUCGCGUUGUAAAUGUAAUCUUAUGCAUCUAGAACGGAAACGGUACCGAAUAUGUAAUGAAUAUUUUGAAUAUUUUGACCGACUUAGGAAAAAUCCCGAUAGUCUUUUCUAAAUCUGCUAUUGAGAGAAUUAUGGGAAUAAGUUCAUCCAUUUCUUAGAAGAGUAUCGAGUAGGGGAGGAUGCUUUUCGGGAGUUUAAUCAAUAGUUGAAAGCUGUGAGAAAUGCACAACAUUCGGAAUCAGGCUAUGGCGAAUAAAGGGCAUAAAUAGUUUUUGGUUGGGAUAGUCCACGACAGGAGAAGUAAAAACGAUAUGACGUCAUAUCAUUCUAACUUUACCGAGGGAUAUGUAGUCUGCUACUAUACAUUUUAUUAAACCAAGAACAAACAAAUCAUAAGCGACACAUUUUUUGCGAGAAUACCUUCAGUCGAGUUCGCAUCGAAACUAGGAAUGUCGGAUUUUUCGAAUUAUUUGAUUAUUAAAUAAUCGAACAUAAUUUUCAAACUAUUCGAUUGAAUUUUGAUUUGCUUUCUGUGUUAUUAAUCGAUUACUUCUUACCCGGUCCGGUAUAAAUAAACCAAUAUUAAUAACAUGAAUAGUUGACUCGAUUAUUGUUAUAGAAUUUUAUUAUUCGAUCAUUUCGAUGUUAAAAAAUUUUUCGAAGUGUUCGAUUAGCUUAAUAAUGGAAUAUUAGUUUCAAACUAAUUGAUUAAAUAUUUCUCGAUUAUCUGGGUUAUUAUUCGAUUACUCAAUCAUUCGAUCGAUAUUACGACAUCUCUAAUCGAAACUCGUAAAUACAAGUAGCUUAGCUUAGUUGACUGAUCGUAAGUUUCGCGUGAAAAAAUCCCCCAAACUCUCCCUCCACCCUGCACACGGGACUGCUGCAAAGUUAUGUAGCUUCAACUUUAAGCUACAAUUCCCAAUUUGUAACUUGGAAAAAACAUGCAUUAGUUUUUCUACCAAUUCACCAUCAAGGACCAAUCCAAAAUUCAAUAUUUAUUAACCGCGGGGCUAAUCCGGCCUCUGUAUUGAACUAAACCGGACUAUAAAGUUUCAAACAAAAAUGAAAAACGAAUACAGUAGGGCGCCAAAUCUUAAGAUAACAUAAUGAGCGCAAAAGAAAUGUCUCGAAAAUUCACGCCCUACCAGCACCAAAUAAUUGAUGUUGAAACCGAAUUUAGAGCCUUUAUUGAACAUUAUUUGAUUGUUUCGCACCAUGUAAUGAACGUUUUGCUUAAGUAGAAUAGCCCCGCACAGACAAUUCAUUUUCGAAAAAGAAAUAAAAAUUUCAUUUUCCACCUAAACGAAAGCACUCAAUAAUCAAUGGAUUCAGCACGAAAUGAACCUUUUAAAGCACUAACCAGACCGCCAUUACAGUGCACAGAAAUACCAAAAAAAUAAAAUUUCCAAAAAUAAAUUUCAGUAAAACGUACACAUUUAAAACUUAAUUUUGAUCUCGGUGAUAAAAGAUGCCGAUAACGAACGGCGAAGCGAUAUUUUACUGAAAUUUCGACUAAGCUUUUUCCAAAAUACUUGGUUUAUUUUUUCCGAUUUCUCGGCAAUUCAAAAUGUUAUAUUGAUAUUUUGUUAAAAGAAUUCAACGCAACGUUAAUCUACUGCAUGAAAUUGAUUGGAUUCCGGUAUGAAAUAUUCGCUUAAAUAUUCGAUGUUUUAUUGAGCUAUUACUUUCGUUGUAGCCGGAAUAUGAUUGCGGAAAAUUAAAUUGUGUUCCCUACUGGAAAUGACAUUCUACUGUGUAUAUGUUUUGCAGUUACAUGUUCAUCUGAUAUAUUGUUUCUGUUUAUUGUUAUUUAUUUUUAUAUCGUUUAUACCCGGCUUUAACCUAGUUGCGGUCGUUCGUCGGUGUUUCUGUUUAUUACAUUUCCAAGCCUAUCAGUUCUAACGCCAACAUUAUGUAGAAAACAAUAAAUCUAUGAUUUGAGUUUUAACUGGAAAGUUUAUUUUAUAUUUGAAAUUUCAUUUAAAUUAAUUGCUUAAAAUCUGGGUAAUAUCUCGCAUGCAUGAACAUCGAUAACUUCGGUAAUUUCUUUCCAAAAGUGACGAAGAUCUUGGUAUUUUAUAGUCUUCCCCAAACCGAAAAUCUCGGUAAAUGCAAAUAACCUGUCAAAUGGAUAUAACCGAAAAUCUCAGUUGUUUCAAUGUUUGCCGAGCACUUGGUUGUUCAAAUCUCGGAGAAAUUUUGCCGAGAUUAGGGAAAAAAUCUUAGUGUGUACAUCUUUUGACACGAACACGAUUGAUGCCAAACUAAAUUGACUUAUCCGUUAUCCGUUAUUAGCGUUAUCCUGCUAACUGACGUCCCUCUGUCACAUGAAAGCGUGUUUACACAGUCAAUCCAUAGAUCGAAAUAAUUGCUGGUUCAUAAGAUAUUUAUGCUUAAAGCCGUAGUGAUCAUUUCUGGCGCCCGAGACGAACACAAAAAUAGUCGCUCCGCAAAUUUUUAACAAACACCAUGAAGGCAAACACACAUUAUUUCGUUUUUUCGUACGGUUAUCUCAAGCAACAUUUUCGAUUUUAGUAAAUACUGUAGCUCUCUUGAGUGUUACAUCACAAAUGUAGCAUUGAAACUGUAAACUCCACAAAAGCCUUAUAAGAUCAUAUUGCAGCCAAAUGGGCAGUUCUUCAUAAGAUUUAUAAAGCAAAAUGAGGAGCCAACAUACCCUUACCUUAUAUUUAUUUCAAAAUGAUUCAAAAUUCAAGAAAGUUGUAAAACCUGCUUUACGAUCAACAUUGGUAUUAGUCGGAUGAAUUCCUUAGCAAAAAUAUAUUAGAUUUUAUUUACGAUUUUGAGAUUUUUUCAAAAUUGAAAAAAGGCGUUUUCAUUUUUAUCGUGAAUGCAUAUAUAAAAAUACGAAUUAUAACCAAUAAAUCUUUUUUUUGUGAUUUCUCGUCAUUUUGAUAUAAAUCAGCUACAAUCAGCUACGUGAAAUUUCCGAUAUCCAAAUUGUUUUUGUGAAAAUUUUGUUUUUUGAUGCCAAUUGUCUUCAGAAUUGCCUGAAACUUCGAGAUCCAGUCCCAAGUAAC